GUCUCUAUGACUGAUUCGGUUUGAAAAUGUCACAAGUUUAGAAAAUUUUGUUGCUAAUUCUUUAGAAAUUGGAACAGCAUUUUAAAAUAUAUUCGAACGAUGACGAAAUUAAUGGAAUGGUUGUUCGUUGCGACUUUUUUUCUGGCUAUUUGGAUAGCGGCUCUAACAGGAAAAGUUCAUCCGUCGCUUGCGGAUGAUUAUCAUCAUAUCGUUCAAGUGUUUCCAGCAUUAGUCAUUCUUUCUUUGGGGUUAUAUGCUGCUAUUGUCGUUUUGUACAGAACGUUCACUUUUAACACUUGUGAGAGCGCUGCGAAGGAAUUGCAACAGCAAAUAAAAGAGGCAAAGAUGGACUUGAAGAGUAAGGGAUUCGUGUUUAAUGAUGAUUAAGUAAAAAAAGCUUGUAUGUAUCAAGUACUUAUAAAUAUAUAAGUUUUACCUAAAAUAACACUUUAUCAAACAUUUUAUAUUUUAUUGCAUGUCUUUUAACGAGUUUAGAAAACUCUUGGUAUGUGCUGAGUGGCUGCAAGGUUUGCACUCUGCCUUUUAAUGCUAGCACGGUCUUUUUUUCAGUUCAGUGUUAUUUACAGUGCAAAAUAUAUAACUGAAAACCUU